AUGGUUGGUGAAUUAGCUGGCUAUGUUGAUGGAAAAACGGCGAAAGGAAAUGCAGUGGUAGGAAAGGUAGGAAAAUCAGGACAAGCCGAAAUGGAAAUGUUUGCCAAAAUCAAAAGGUCCAAAGCGCCGGGCAGAGAAGUGGCAGACAUGAUGGAGAGGAUCCGGGAACAAAUAAAUGGAAAAUUAAAGGACAGCGAGCGGGCGCGAAAAGAGAGAGGCGAAGAAGAAAGGAAGCAGAGCGGAGCCAAGGGAAAGGGAAAACAGAGGGCAAGGCAAGAGGAACAAGGCAAAGGAAAUAAGGGGAAGGCAAAAGAGCGAAGGAUCUGGGAAGAGGAGGAAGAAGAUGAAUUGAACAGGACAUUAAUGGAGGCAGCAGUGGCGGUAGAGGAAGCGGAGGCGUCGAUGGGUGAGCUGGAAGAGGUUUUUAGAUGGGAAGAGGAAAGCUCGCAGGACCUGUUACGACCAACCAGCAGCUCCACACCGACACCAGGGAGAGAAGCUGUUACGGAGGCUGGAAGAAAGGACAGCAAGGGCAGAGAUAGGGAGGAGUGCGUAACAGAAAGCAGAAAGAGGGGCAACACGCUGAUGGCAACGGAGGACGAGCGACCGGAACGAGAAGCAGGAAAGGCCAAAAUAAGGCAGAUAGAGGGCAGUGAAACGGAAGCGGAAGGCAAGGGAGAAGAAGGGACAGGGACUGGGGCGAAGCAAGAGGAGGAGCAAAAGCUCAUUAGAAUGAUCAAGGAAAUGAGGGCCAACUUUGAAAAGGAUAAGGAGGCAAAGGGUAAACGGAGUGAAGAGAAACGGGACGACGAUAGGGAAAUCAAAGAGGGGAAGAAACAGAAUGAAGGAGGAAUAGGAAUUGAAGGAGGAAAGGGGGUAAGAAAGGAAGAAAAGGGGGGAACAGAGGAGAGGUGGGAGGGUGAGGGAAGGUGGUUUGCGCGGGUUCAUUCGGACACCGUGGAAAUCGCUAUCAGAAUAACGGACCCAGAUCUGGACAAGGAAGAACUGCUGAGAGCGUACAGAGAGAGCAGGUUAGGGGAGUUAGUGAGAAAUGGGGACAUCAGGUUUAGAUGUAUCAAGGGGCCAGAGGGUACUUGCCACAGAAUCGCCUACCUUGAUUGUACGAGAGAAGCUGCCAAGGAGAUGGUACAGGAGAAAGAAAUCCGUACCAAGUGGCAGGAGUUAAGGCCCUUCUUUCGGAGGAGGAAGUCUGAAGCCGAGGACAAGAGCAGGAAAAGGGACGGAAAGGGGAACACGGGAGCGAAGAAAGAAGGGAAAAAUGAAGAAAAGAAAACAGCAGAAAUAGAGCAGUGGGCCAAACCUGGCACAAGUAAAGACCCAUGCACAAGGGAAACAGCAGGAAAAAAGGGUAUGAUAAGCGUCAUCUUCAACUCCGGUUUGGCAAAACCAGCAACCGGGAGACGAAAUACGAUUGAUACGGUAAAGGUAACUGGCGAAGCAGCCGUGGCCUGUCAAAACCUGAGUGAGAUGAAAGGACAAGAGACGGGGACCACCGGACGUGAUCCAGAAACCAAGAUCUGGAAUAAGGCGACGUGUCCAAUCGCCAGUGGGACAAGUGCUCCAGGAUGA